AUGGCUUCCACCCAAUCCGCCUUCGCGGGAACCAUUCCGGCUCCGAAGGUUAGGGUAGUUGCAAAAAUUCGUGGGUUUUCGGAUCCAGAUACCAGUUUCGAACCCUCCAGAACUGUCGACUGGGUUUCGGUGAGCACAGAAAUUUCAGGGGAAGUUACCAUCUCCUUUAAAGAACAAUCUUCUAGCCGAGAUUUAGGGUUUCUGAAGUAUGCAGUUUUUGUAUUGUUUGUUAUAAGUCGGUAUUCAGUUGACUAUUGCUACAACGAACAUGAAGAUAAUGAGGUAAUCUAUUUAAAUUUGUAUUUGCUGGCUCCUCCAAAUCUGCUGAUACCCUUUUCAAGCUCAACUGUAGUUGCAUAUAUAGCUCCUCAGCAAGUGCCAAUUCAAUAUGGAGGACUUAGCAGAGAGGGUGAACAGGAAUUCACCACUGCUGACCCUGCUACAGAGGUUAUUAUCAAACCAGCAACAAAACAUGCUGUUGAGUUCCCAAUUUCUGAGGUGAGAAUAAAAAGUGGAAGCUUGAGCACAGUUGAAACAUUGGCAUCAACUGCUAUUUGUGGAAUUAUCCACUCAAUAUUUGGUGGUCAACCUUUGUUAAUUGUAGGAGUUGCUGAACCAACUUAUCUCAUGUACACCUAUCUAUACAAUUUUUGCGCAAAAACACCAGAGUUAGGUGCUCAGCUUUUCUUGGCUUGGGCUGCUUGGUAA